UCCGGCAGGGGUCGGGGUGAGGUAGUGGCUGGUGUCCGGGAUGGGACGAGUUCAGGGUGAGGUAGUGGCUGGUGUCCGGUAGAGGUUCGGAGGUGAGGUACCGGCCACGAUAGGGUGGAGGCGGUAUUUUGUGUGAGUGCGGGAGGUGGGGCCUGGUACGAACCGCUUUCCGGGUCCGUUACUAGGACGGUUCGGAACGUGAUAUCACGUGGUGUGAAGGAGGGCGGAGGCGCGAGAGGGAGCGGCCGUGGGGAAGGAGCCUGUGGGUCGGUGGUUGCGACAUUGAGAGCUUCGGGAUGCGGUUCUGAUGAGCUGUGACGGAAUUUGAGAAGCCGCGGCGCAGAGAAUCGGCAUCUCCGAGAAUACCCAGAGAGUCGUCGCGGCUGGUGGUGACAUGUUGUCGACAUGGAGAGAGAAUAACUGGCACCAGGACAUGGAGAGCGCGGAGGAGGCGGAGUGCAGACAAGAACAGUGGAAACUUUUGGGAGGCCUGAAGACCACUGUGGAAGGGCUGCUGUCAACAAAUAACCCUAAUGUCUGGUCUAAGUAUGGAGGAUUGGAGCGUCUCUGCAAGGAUAUGAACAAGAUUUUGUGUCAUGGACUCCUGGAGGAUGAGGUAUAUUCACAGCAUAAAGAUUAUUGGCAAUUUAUAACUGAUUGUCACUGGGUCAGCCCUAGCCUUGUUCAUCAUACUGUGCAGAUUAUGGAGAAUGAUGCACAUUGUGUCCCAAAAAGUAAUCCACAGAAAGCCCAGUACUGGCUCCACCACAGCCUUCAGUUCCAUUCUCUCUCAUCACAGCUAAGGUCAUUGCUCAGCAACUGUGAAUACACUAGAAAAUUUUACAAAGAUACUGCUUUUCUGUUGAGCAAUCCCCAUGUGACUGCUAUGUUUCAGUGUUUGGAGGCUGUGGAACAGAAUAAUCCUAAAAUGUUAGCUCAGAUUGACACAUCCGUGUUUGCAAGGAAGUGUAACUCCCCGUUACCAAUGAUGAAAAGCCAAAGUCUGACUGCUCUUCCUGGAACCAAGUGCAUGCCCUCUGGAGGGGAAUGCCAGACAAGGCAUACGACCUCAUAUAACAACCUCUUGGCUCGUUGUACUAACUUGAAUGUUUCAGGUGGUGCACCACAGGAUUUCAUUACUGUCAAUAAUACUCAGCAAGCGUUAAAGAAGAGGGCUAAUUUGACAUUUUUUCCCGAUUCAACGGAUAAACCGGCAUUAGAUCAGUACUCUGGCGUCCACCAGUUUCGUGACAUCACUUCUAUGGAGCCAUUUUCUCCAGUCAGUGAGACAACUAUUAGUACCCCAGUUAGCCAUAGUGAGGAUUCUUCAGCUGAAGUACAGGAUGAGGGAUCAAGUGAAAUGGAUGAUGGACCAGAGUAUUUGGCUAUUGGAAAUCUGGGACGGAGGGAUCGCAGUUCAAGCCAGUGCAGUAAUAGCUCCUCCUCUUGUUCUGGCGGUUCACAGACACUAGUUCCUUCUGCCUGGCAGGUUCCUAAAAUCACCGUUAGCUGUAGUGAAUCUCUGCUGAAUCUUCCGAGACGUUCCAGCUUCUCAGAAACCCAGAAUCUGGAACGACAGGCUAGUUUCAAGAAGAGCCAUAGCCGAUCCCAUUCUGAUACUGGUAUAGCAACAACCAAGACAUCCGAGUCACACCUGGGAGUCAGAAACCUGAAGGAAAACAGUCCUUUCUCAGCUCGGAGUUGUCAGAUCAGUUCUCCUAUCUCUCCCUACCUGGAAGCUGAGGGUACCCAUUGCACACACAGUUCUGAUGGAAUGUUUCGCCGGCCAUCACAGGGCCAGUCUCUGAUCAGCUAUCUAUCAGAACAGGACUUUGGAAGUUGUGCAGAUUUGGAAAAGGAGAAUGCCCAUUUCAGUAUCUCUGAAUCACUGAUUGCUGCCAUUGAACUAAUGAAGUGCAACCUGAUGAAGAAACAGAUCAUGGAUGAUGAAGAUGAGGAUAGUGACAAAGAAAUAAGAGAACUAAAACAGAAAAUUCGUAUUCGACGACAGCAGAUCCGUACAAAAAACCUCCUGCCUGGAUUGAGGAGCACUGAGUCAGACACCUGCACCACAGAAAGUGGGUCCCCUAUCAGCUCCCGUGAUUCUGCGCCAUUAUCAGAUUCUGGAUCUACUGAUGGAGUGGAUGAAUUCGAAUUAAAAGAUUGUAUUGAUGAGUCAAACCUCAUUCACAUGUCAGCGAAUGGGCUCUCAGCAUCAAUGGCAUCAUUGUUUUCAGAUGCAGAUAUUAGAAAGAGUUUAGCUUCAAGGAGCAAAUCAGCGAUCAGCUCAGAGUCCAUUACAUUCUCAGUCCUUCAUUCCAACUCAGCUGAGGCAGUUGCCAUGGGCCUGCUAAAACAGUUUGAGGGGAUGCAGCUUCCUGCUGCCUCUGAGCUAGACUGGUUGGUUCCAGAGCACGAUGCUCCUCAGAAGCUUUUGCCAAUUCCAGACUCUCUUCCGGUAUCUCCCGAUGAUGGUGAGCAUGCUGAUAUUUACAAACUGCGAAUUAGAGUGCGAGGAAAUUUAGAAUGGGCUCCACCUCGGCCUCAAAUCAUCUUCAACAUUCACCCACCGCCCAAGAGAAAGGUGGUUGUUGUCAAACAAAAUUACCGCUGUGCAGGAUGUGGUAUCAAAGUGGAGCCAGACUACAUAAAGAGACUACGGUAUUGUGAAUAUCUGGGGAAGUAUUUCUGUCAGUGCUGUCAUGAGAAUGUCCAGUCGGUGGUUCCAAGCCGCAUAUUGCGGAAAUGGGAUUUCAGCAAGUAUUAUGUCAGUAACUUUUCCAAGGAUUUGCUGAAUAAAAUAUGGAAUGAUCCACUCUUCAAUGUUCAGGACAUUAACAAUGCUUUAUAUCGAAAAGUGAAGUCUCUGGAUCAAAUCCAUAUGUUGAGAAUCCAGCUUGUUCACAUGAAGAAUUUAUUCAAAACAUGCCGGUUGGCAAAACAACUCUUGGAUAACUUUGACACAGAACCAGGUCACCUUACUGAGGAUCUUCACUUGUAUUCACUAAAUGAUCUCACUGCUGUGAAGAAAGGGGAAUUGGCUGGUAGGUUGAAGGAACUUGUGAAGAUAGGAGCAGCACAUGUGGAGAGCUGCAUGCUUUGUCAGGCAAAAGGCUUCAUCUGUGAAUUCUGUGGUGAUGGCACUGAUAUUAUCUUUCCUUUUGAACUGCACAAAUGUAAACGAUGUGAAGAAUGUAAAGCGUGUUAUCAUAAGUCCUGCUUUAAAUCAGAUCAGUGUCCCCGCUGUGACCGGUUACAGGCACGUAAAGAACUCCUUGCCAAACAGACCAUAGAAUUGUAUUUGGAGUCGGAAGGUGAAGAGGAAUCGAGUUCACAGAGUACAAGUUGUGAUUGAGCAGGAAGACAGCAAAUAUUAACAAAACUACUUGAAAAUUUGGAUUGAAGCAGUGUUGACUUCAUGCACUUUUUAUUAAAGUUGGCGCCAUAGGCUUCACCUAUACUAAAGUUAUAAUGAAAAUGCUAUUUAUUGCCUUCCAGGAAUGUAAACUUUAGUGAUGGUGUGCUAUUGAUCUAAUUGUUAACAAUGUACAUUUGUCCCUGAUGCUGAACAUUUUUUAUUUUACAUGUUUUUAGGUGUAUUAAGUGUUUUUGCAUGAAUGUUUAAAGACUGUUUUUGGAAGGAGGAGACUAUUAAAUCCUGAGCAGUUCUGGUAUUCUGUGUAUCAUACUACAAGUUGCAUUUCAGGAUUAGCCUAUAUUCUUGCCAGAAUGAGGGAGCUUUCAGUCGGCUGAGUAGUUAUUCUUGUCAUUCAUCUGUUUUCAUCCACUUUCUUUCCAUUUUGGCUAAAGGCACAUACAUGGAGUUCUUGAAGAUGCACUUAAUCUAUGUAAACAAAAGUUCUCAUCCCUGGUAUUGUAAUAAAAUUUCCUAUGGCAUUGA